AUGGAUUCGCUCGAGCGUCUGAUGAGCGCCGCGACGCGACCCGCGAGAGGUUCCGCCGUCCGCCCCACUCUGCCGCAGAGGGCGCUCGUGCACGCCAGUCUGGCCACUUCGGCCGCCCUGGGCAGACGGGGCAGGCAUCUGACGGGCACGUUCUGCCUGACGGGGGAUACCAUGGAGGGCAUCAUACAGUGCUUGGUCUUCCUCAAGGCGUUCUCGGUGGAUAAAUUGGUUGAUGCCCAUCUGAACGUUGAGUUACCUCUAUGA